GUGCCGGGCUGACCGCAGCAGGGCGGGGAUGCCGGAGGCGGCGGGCGCGCCUCCCACCACCCCGGGGCGCGGCCUCGACGGCGGCACGGCCGCUCCGCACCCGCACCCGCGUCCUUGCCCGCAGCAUGGAGCGCCGUGUGGCCCGGGAGUUCCGCCACAAGGUUAAUCUGCUAAUUGACAAUGAAGCGGAGAAGGAUUACCUUUAUGAUGUGCUGCGGAUGUACCACCAAUCGAUGAAUCUUCCAGUGCUCGUGGGGGAUCUAAAACUCGUGAUUAAUGAACCAAGCAGGUUGCCUCUAUUUGAUGCUAUCCGCCCACUUAUUCCAUUAAAACACCAGGUGGAGUAUGAUCAGCUUACACCCAAAAGAUCAAGAAAGCUGAAAGAAGUGAGAUUGGAUCGCUUGCAUCCUGAAGGACUUGGGCUAAGUGUGAGAGGUGGAGUGGAAUUUAGCUGUGGCCUCUUUAUCUCCCAGUUAGUUAAAGGAGGACAGGCAGACAAUGUUGGACUUCAGGUUGGAGAUGAGAUAGUUCGUAUAAAUGGAUAUUCCAUCUCGUCAUGCACCCAUGAGGAAGUCAUAAACCUCAUUCGGACAAAGAAGAUAGUGUCCAUAAAAGUAAGACAUAUUGGAAUGAUACCUGUCAAAAGUUCAGCAGAUGAACCCCUUAAAUGGCAAUAUGUGGAUCAGUUUGUGUCAGAAUCUGGGGAAGGAAAGGGCAGUGUCGCUGGUCUUGCUUCUUCUGGAGGGAGAGACAAUAAAGAGAAGAAAGUCUUCAUUAGCUUGAUUGGUACAAAAGGCAUGGGAUGCAGUAUUUCCAGUGGUCCAACACAAAAACCAGGCAUUUUUAUCAGCAACGUUAAGCCAGGUUCUCUUUCAGCAGAGGUGGGCUUAGAGGUUGGUGAUCAGAUUGUCGAGGUAAAUGGAGUGGACUUUUCUAAUGUGGAUCAUAAAGAGGCUGUCAGAGUGCUCAAAAGCAGCCGUACUUUGACUAUUUCUGUGGUAGCAGGCGCCGGAAAAGAGCUGUUCAUGACUGAAGACGAGAGGCAGAGGGAAGCACGUCUUCGUGAGCAGGAACGCCAGGAGUUAAUGCAUCAGAAGCGGCUUGCACUGGAAACUAACAAAAUCAUCAAAGAGCAGCAAGAGAAAGAGAGAUUAAGAAAAAUGGAGAUUUCGCAGAAGGCUGCAGAGGAAGAAGAGAGAUAUCGCAGAGAAAUUGAGCAGAUAACAGCAGAGGAAGAAAAAUUUAAGAAGGAGUGGGAAGAAGACUGGGGGCCUAAAGAGCCUCCCAAAUCUCUAAAAACUGUAACUGCAGAAGUGCACUCUGCCCCUCAUUCCAAACACAAAAAAGAUUUAAAGGGAGUUGCACAUGACCAGCUUGACACAGAUGACAUGGAUGAAGUGAUGAUGAAGCAGGACAAACAGGGCUUCCAGAAGUAUUUGGAAGACUUUGAUCCGCAUUCAAUGUUUACCCCAGAGCAGAUUACGGGAAAAGACGUACGGCUAUUACGCAUCAAAAAGGAAGGAUCAUUAGACCUUGCAGUUGAGGGAGGAAUUGAUUCUCCGGUUGGAAAGAUAGUAGUCUCUGCCAUCUAUGAGGGCGGUGCUGCAGACAAGCAUGGAGGCAUAGUGAAAGGAGAUGAAAUACUGGCUGUAAACGGCAAGAUAUUAAUUGACAGCAGGCUGGCAGAAGCACAAGCAACUCUAGCAAAAGCUUGGAACAUGGGUGGGGAUUGGAUUGACUUAGUCAUUGCAGUGUCACCUCCAAAGGAAUACGAUGAUGAAAUGACAUUUUUUUAAAGUACGGAAGGUUGCACUUAAGAAAUGAAGUGUUUCCCCUGCAGACACCUGCUGCUCUGAAAAUUAAUAGGAUAUCAACAGCCACAUAAGAUGCAUUUUUAUUUGAAAGAAAGGUGAACAGUCAGACCUGGAAAUUGAACUAGAGACUUCAUGUUCUUCAAGUAAUUUGAGGAAUUUCAAAUCAUUCCGUAGACAUACACAAAGAAAUUGUUGUAAGCCCACUGAGAAGGACACCCAGUAGGCACAGCUGUAUCUGUGAGAACUCACAAUCUAUUUUUCCCCAUUUUGGGAAGACAAAUUUUGAAAAUUAUCUUCCAGUUUUCCCAGAAAUAUACACCAAAAUGACAAAUGAAGAUGAAACACAGAUGUCUGUUCCCACAUGCAACAUUUGUGAUGACACGUUCACAGGCCAGUUUGGGUGUGAGAAAGCUUAUAUUUUUACUCUGUACAUAGUGAUUUUCCGUGGGGAAGUGGGGACGUAUAUGAGUAAGUUCUGUUCUCGCUGAUAUCCUUGUAGCUCUCUUAAUGACUGUUUCUGUUGCCCAAUUGUGAGUUGUUUUGAUCAUGAAAAUCCUACCUGUAGAAGGGCUUCUAUACCAGUUAUACCAGGAGUACAAGCAUUAUAAGGAGUAAUUUUGGUGAUGCUUCUGUGGUAUAAAGAAUUUUCUCUACCAGCCAAGUAAAUAGCUAGCAAGUAGUCCAGGUAACAUCAUUGUGUGUUGUCAGUUAUGGUACCAAGUAUUGUGUUGGUGGUAAAAAUUAAUCCCUCAUAUAGUCAAGGGUGGAAAAUUUUGGUCUGAUUCACAGUCUGUACUUAAGGACUUUGUUCUCACUGAGUCUACACACAAAUAAAUUUGCAGCCAGUAAGAGUAACACUUCACUGCUGGUUACUGUUUUCUGUUUAAGUAACUUCCUCCAGACCAUAACAUCUAUAUUAACCUGACUUUAAGUCUGAUUACAGUUGGAGAUGUAGUCAUUUCUUUAUAUUGUCAAGGUGUCUCCCUGGAAAUGUAACAGUCUUCCUUCCUUCCUCAGAUCUGCCAGUUUGUAUACCAUUUUUCAUUGUGUGUUUAGAUUUUCCUUAUCUGGACUAAUGAGAGCUAAAGUUUAAAGUUCUUUAGCAUAUCAAAUUCUGGCUGAAGUCUUGCCAUUUCAACAUUUGGAAACCCUCCUUUCUGUAACACAGAGUAACAGUUGCAUUCCUGAGAAGUCUGUAUUUGUAUGGACAUAAACAGUUAUGCUGACUUCCUUUGUUUUAUUCGCAGUAUUGUUCCAGUAAGCCAAUGAUGUUGUCUGGCAGGGUACAUACGUUCAAGUUUUCAACAUGCUAACGCUGUAACUCUCACAACUGAUCUAGAAAUAAAGUCAUAUAUGCCAAAUGGAA